AUGAAGAUUGCACUUCUUCUCAUCCUGGGCCUGGCUGUCCUCGUGUCAGCCGGGGAACUGGUGACGACCAUGUACCCUGGCCCCUGGCUGAUGAGCCCAGAAAACAAGGUUGCCUCUGUCAUGGGAAACAAUGGCACUGAGACAACCUACAGCAUCACUUGUGCAGAAAACACUCAGUUUACAUGGUGCGAUAUCGACGACGGACUGACCCUCACUGCUGGUGGAUCACAAACCACAGUUGUUCGCCAGAUCUCGUCCGUUGACGGGUACGAAAUACUGGGCAUAUCUCAGAAGGCGAUCUGUUCCGUGGAUGGUACGACAUCAGCCACCUGCACUGUCACUGAUAUGCACGAGACACCAAGUUUCUAUACGGUGAUAUCUCAGGGUUUUGAAGGGGAAUCUUUCUCGCUUGUACCUGUCACCAUUACCGCGGGGACAAUCACUCAACUAUCGGAUACUAUUGUCACUAUGUCAGGGAGCAGCCCAAGUCGUCCGACGUCCCACUCGGCCAGUGCUACAUCGGGGUCGACCAGUCGCGUCUCUAGUGCGGAGCCUAGUGCUAGCAGCGAUGGGGGAUUCAUGAGUAUUAUGACUACCAAGAGCCAGGCAUCGACCACCUCGUCCAGUUCCUCGGUUCGGAGCACCGGAGGAGCGCCAAUGCCCACGGGGGAAGUGGCUGUCAUAGCCGGAGGGGCCGCGAUGGCGUUGCUGGUGGCCGUUUUGUGA